AUGCUGUGCCCAGCUGGCACUGCCGUGUGCAGCGGGCGCAGACCGGAGCCCGCGACACCCCGGCCCGGCCCCGUCACCGCCCUGAUCUUGUCCUGGGCUGCACUUGAUGCCACAGCCACUUGGUGUAGGUUUGAGCUGGUGGCCGUGGCUCUCCCUCAGUGCAGUUCCAGAGACAGCUGUGAUUUACUCACGUGUGUCUGGUUAUUUUUCUGUGUGCCCCGCGUGUGCCUGCAGAGGCCGGGUGGGGUGUCGGGCCCCGAGCUGCCGUCACAGUGUGAGCCGCCGUGUGGGCGCUGGGAACCGAACCUGGGUCCCCUGCGAGGGCAGCGGCCUCUGCUCCCUCUCCGACUCUUCCUGCCUGUGGAGCGGAGCGAGCGGCUGCCCUAUCACACACAGGAGCCUCCGCCUCCUUCCUGUCCCCUCCUGCAGGCCUCCCUGCAGUACCCCCUCCCCAAUGCACAGGGACCCACCGCCACAGGGCGGGCCUGCGUGCUCAUCCCACCCCACCCCAGAUUCCAGCUCUGUCCACUGGUGGCCACAAUGGCACAGCCAAGCCAACCAGGGUCUCUCCCAGCUAUGACCUUGAGUCUGGCUGCUAUUGUUGACCUCGGCGUCUGCGCAGCCCCGCCUCCAUCAGCUCCGAGCUGUCCUCUGCGGGGCCUCCUGAGACACCUUCCCAAGGGUCACCCUGCUCAACCCACCAUGUCCCUGGAAGGUCAGGAGAGCCGAGGUCUGCCAGUCUGGCAUCCCAUGGCUCUGCUGCUGGCUGGCUGUGUGACCUGGGCAGAUGCAGAGCAGAGCAGCAGCCCCCGGACAGGAGUGGGCUCAGACCAGGAGGACAGCAAGCCCAUCACACUGGACACCACAGACUUCCAGGAGAGCUUCGUCACAUCAGGCGUGUUCAGUGUCACUGAGCUGAUCCAGGUGUCUCGGACACCUGUGGUGACCGGAACAGGACCCAACUUCUCCCUGGGAGAGCUGCAGGGCCACCUGGCAUACGACCUGAACCCGGCCAGCGCCGGCAUGAGAAGGACUCUACCCAGCACCUCCUCCAGUGGGAGCAAGCGGCACAAGUCGGGCUCGAUGGAGGAGGACGUGGACACGAGCCCCGGCGGCGACUACUACACGUCGCCUAACUCGCCCACGAGUAGCAGCCGCAACUGGACGGAAGACAUGGAAGGAGGCAUCUCAUCCCCAGUGAAGAAGACAGAGAUGGACAAAUCUCCGUUCAACAGCCCGUCCCCCCAGGACUCCCCCCGGCUCUCCAGUUUCACACAGCACCACAGGCCUGUCAUCGCGGUACACAGUGGCAUUGCUCGGAGUCCCCACCCAUCCUCCGCCCUGCACUUCCCCGCCACACCCAUCCUGCCGCAGACUGCCUCCACCUACUUCCCCCACACGGCCAUCCGGUACCCGCCACAUCUCAACCCCCAGGACCCGCUCAAGGAUCUGGUGUCCCUGGCCUGCGACCCGGCCACCCAGCAGCCCGGACCGCCUGCUCUCCGCCCGGCACGUCCCCUGCAAACAGUCCCUUUGUGGGAUUAGGACCGAGGGAUCCUCUUGCAGGACAGUCCUGGUACCUGGGGUAGCUGAGGCUGCCUUCCUACGCCUCCUUCAUCGCUGGUGGAGUCCCAGGGUGACAGUCCCAGCCUGCGUUUUUGGUGGAAAAUUAGACAGACUAAGAAGCCCCCUGCCGACUCCCAACUCGAUGGAAAAGACAGGAGGAGAACAGGACAAAAGACAAACAGGACAAAAUAAACCCUUCCCAACCAAGAUGACAACAGACGGGAGCUUUGGGUCUCUGUGGCACCUGCUGCUGAUGGACGGCUGCCUGCAGCCCUUUUGCGCCCUGAGGACCCUGCCAUCACCCACAGACCAGGCAAGCCUGGCCUGGUACCUGCGCCCAGCACCAACAGAUGGGCGGGAUGGACGGGGUGGGCCACCCAGCCAGGCCACCUCUCCCCAGAUCUCUGCUGCCAGCCACCAGCGCCAGCCUCGGGGACCUCCGGCCGCCCCCACCGACAGUGUUUGCCAAAGACAGGAGGCUGGAGGUGGACAUACCACACAGUGGGCAGAAGAGGCGCGUGGGAGCCGCCCAGUGCUGGCCCUGCUGGGGACAGACAUAACAUACAGGUACUUUGGGACCCCAGGGGGGGUCCUGCGUCCAGCCUCCAUCUCGGCCCUCUGGCCCCUGUCCUUGCGGACCUCGUUUGGAAGGACACAUCUCUCUAUGCAAUUUGUCCCCACCCCACCCCGGCAUGAGAGGCCACGCAGCUCCCGACCCUCCGGCCUCCCCUCGCACAUGGAAAGUAUCAGCACUUUGAGAAACAGAGGUGAGGGAACCGGGCCUCCCACGCCGAGGUUCCUGGAGGCGGGAGGUGCCGCGAUCUAAGUGCCUAGCCCCUCCACCCACCCGCCGUCCACCUCGUCCAUCGGGGACACCGAGUGGCCUGGGCAUCCCCACCCUCGGCUCUGUGUACCCUGCUCCUCAUCACCGCGCGCCCUCCAAGCUAGAGAGAUGGGACCCCAGGGGGGUAGAGCUGGGUGUCCCGAAACCCAGGCUGGGGCUAUGCGUCGUCCCCCUACACUUCUGCCAGUGCCUUACUUCCUGGAGACACACCCUGGGGUACCCCACUGCAGGGGGAUACCCCCUUUGCACUUUGACCCUCCUGAUGAUGUGGGGCCCAGCACAGGGACCAAGAAGGCUGGUGGAAGUGCAAUCGGACCCCAGGUGGGAGGGCUCUGGGAGUGAUGGGGUGACAGAAUGGACGGAUGGCUGGGGUCCCCCAUCUGCUAUGCGUACUUCACUGGCCUAAAAACACUAAGACGGGGUGCAAGAGCCAUGCCCCAACCCCAGCUCUGCAGCCCCAUACACACCCACUCAGUCCCUAUCUUGGAUGGCCAGCCAUGGGAGGGGAUGUUGGGCUUUUAAGGUCACUAAACCUACAAAGGCCCCUCCUCCCCAACCACCCAUCUUGGCGCUGUCAUGUCCCCUUCCUGCGGCCCCCCACUCCAUCAGGCCCCACCUACCUGCCGUCCUCCCUGGGAUACUUCUUAAAUACAAAGUUCCCCAGACUUCCCCAGACUUCGAGGCCUCAAACCCCCACCAUCUGUCUGUCUGUCCUCAGGGACCCUCCAGUAGGGGGACCAUUGGGGACAUCACAGAGGCCACUGUCCAGACGGAGUUCAGGCCAGUGGGUGUGGGAUGGGCCGUCUGCAGGGUAGACCUGGCAAGUCCCCUCUGAUCCCCCCCCCAAGCCAGCCAGCCGGGUCCCCCAGGGGUCAGGACAAAACCAACUAUUUACCUAACUGCAUGGUGCUUAAGGCCCCGCGACACCCAAGAGCCCCCUUCCCCGCCGCCGGGCUGCUGUGUGCAUGACAGGUCCGCCUACCCGCCCACUUCCCUCACCGCCUCUACUAAAAAAGGAAAAAAAAAAAAGGAUACACAAUAUAUAUAUAUGUGUGUAUAUAUAUAUAUAUAUCCUUACCAAAAAAAAAAAAAAAAUCCAUUAUUCCAAAUUUGCACGAACUUUUUACCACAACAUGUGCCUUGCUCUCCCGAGGACAAGUAUUAACUUUUAAAUAAUAUCUGCGCACACAGACGCAUGCCCUGCACGCAUAGUUACAAACAGACAAGCGAUUACAUGAAAUAAAAAAUAAAAUCCAAAAGGGUGGUAUUUCUAUUUGUAAAGAAAAGAAAAAUCAAAUGAAAGCGAGACUUUUUAUAUAAGAAAGAAUGCUGGGCGUGGUGGCGCGCGCCUGUGAUCCUAGCCCCUGGGAGGCUGAGGCAGGAGGAUUGCCCUGAGUUCCAGGUCAAGCCUGUGCUACAGAGUGAGACCCUGCCUCAAGAAAGUGGGGAGGGGGAACUAAAACAUAGAAACAAAAAAGAAAAACAACACUAUUAAGGAAGUCACAAUUGGUCAUGGCUUGUGAUCCCCGCCCACCCCGGCCCCGCCUCACCCCGUGGUGGGGACUGGAGUCGCCCUGGUGCUCAUUCCCUGAGCCCCCCAACCCUCCGCCCCAGGGCCAGCCUGGGGCCAUCCCUCCCCAACGCCCCUCCUCUGUCUUCCAGCCAACCCACAAACCUGAAUAUAUGCAAUAUCCGUCCGUCUGUCCGUCUGUCUGGGUCUCUGGGUCGAGCUCAGCUGUGGGGAGUCCCGGCAGUGGAGGGGACGCAGCGGCCCGUACCAAGUCCGUGAUUUCAGUUUUUCUUUUUCGGUUUUAUUGUUUGUAGUUGCCUUUGGGUUUUUGUGGUUCUGUUUUUCUGUCUUCUGUUAAAUCUGCUCUUAAAGUUCACCAAAGCUAAGGUAGUUGCCAGGGGCUUAGCGGGGCACACGGGAGUCCGGGCUCCAAGCCAUCCCCUGGCCUCUUUCUGCCCGGCCCCACCCACCAGUCCUCCUGUCGCCCUUCUCAGCCCUGAGUGUUGGGUGCUGGCAGAGGCCAUGGCAGGCUCAGCAUGAUGGGGGGACCAGGGUGGGUGGGACCCUGCCCCGCCCACCUCCGCCUGGGGGUCAUUUGUAGGCCUGGCUGACUUCCCCAGCCGGUGUCCACCCCUGGGCCAGGAGGGACGGUCCCUGCACCAUCUCGCAGGGACCAUCAUGAAGGCAGGUGAGGGUGGGGACAGUGGACAAAGCAUGCCUGGCGGCAGGCUGGAAGAGGCCACUCAGCGCCCCCCCCUCCCCACCCCAGUUUCUCAGAAAAUCUCCAGUUCCCACCCAGGGACUCCACACUGGUCCUCAGGUGGAUGAGUUAAGCACGGCAGGAGAUUUUCGUUUUUCUUUUCCUAUGUAUG